AUGAAACAACUGUUUGAAAGAACUAGCUGUAACCAUUCUGGAUUUACUUUCACACUGGAUCGUUUCUUUCAACCCCGCCGCACGUCCUCUAAGAAAAGGGACAGUGAUGGCUUGUCAGCUUCUUCCGGAGCAUCGCGGGGCUCAGAGAACAAAUCCAGAACUGCCUCAUUCUCUUUGUCCCGUUUGCUGCCUCGCCGGAGAUCUAAGUCCCGCCUUAGUUUGGAUUCAGAGCCUUCAAAGUCAGACAAUGGGACAAUUAAUAACCAAAUAUCAUCGCCAUAUUCAUUGAGCCAAGGAGUAAAUUCAUCAUCAUCGACACCACCUUUGACUGGAUCUCAUCAGACCAUUCUCUCGUCUGAUCAGUUUAAUGGAUCCUCAAGGAGCCAAGAAGAUUCCUUUGUCUAUAAUGAAGGAGUGCGCAAAGUUCUUAUUGGGGAUUGCCAGUCAGAAAAAACCCUUCAAAAAAAUUCUGGCCAGCCUCACGGAGACGAGGCUCAGUCUGUGCCUAUAGAGUGUCCAGUGUGCCUUGUAGAAAAAAGUAAAGAUAUGUUUUUUGAGUUCUCAACAUGUCAUCAUCGCUGCUGUUCAUGCUGUUUAAGAGAAUAUUUUAGAAUUGAGAUAAUGGAAUCAAGACUUGCUAUAGCAUGUCCUGAAUGCUCUGAGCUCUUUCACCCCAAUGAUAUACGUGCUGUUGUCCAGGAUGAUAAUCUGAUGCAGAAGUAUGAGGACUUCAUGUUGAGGCGAGUACUAGCCAUGGACUCCGAUACAAGAUGGUGCCCAGCUCCAGAUUGUGGCUAUGCAGUUGUUGCGUUUGGGUGUGCUGGUUGUCCAAAGUUGAAAUGUGAACGUCCAGGUUGCGACACUUUCUUCUGUUAUCAUUGUAAGCAGUACUGGCAUCCUAACCAAACAUGUGAUGCAGCUCGAGCUGAACGUUCUCCUAACCUACGUUCAUCUUCUAUUAGUUAUAGUCAGGAGUCUGGAGCCCAGAAUGAAAUCAAGCCUUGUCCUCGAUGUGGUGCAUUCAUUAUCAAAAUGGAUGAUGGCUCCUGUAACCACAUGACCUGUGCAGUUUGUGGGGCUGGCUUCUGUUGGCUUUGUAUGAAAGAAAUUUCAGAUCUUCACUAUCUGAGCCCCUCAGGCUGCACAUUUUGGGGUAGAAAACCUUGGAGUAGGAAGAAGAAAAUUCUUUGGCAGCUGGGCACAUUGGUGGGCGCGCCUAUUGGCAUAACUUUGGUGGCUGGCAUUGCAGUCCCUGCUAUGAUCAUCGGCAUACCAGUUUGGGUGGGUCGUAAGAUACACUAUCGAUUUGAUGGGGCAUCUAAACAUAGGAGAAAUUUAGCUAUUACUGGAGGGGUGGCAGCUUCCAUUUUAGCCUCACCCAUUAUUGCUGGAUUGGCAGUUGGUAUAGGGGUGCCUAUCCUAUUGGCCUAUGUCUAUGGUGUCGUUCCAUUUUCUUUGUGUAGAAGUGGUGGCUGCGGUGUGACCACCACCAACUCUGGUGGGGUCAGAUUUGAGUUUGAUGAGCAUGAUGAAAACAACACCCAUGGCCCUUAUAGUUACACAGGUGAUACCCACAGUAUGGAGACUGCCCCAACUGUUGCUAAUCCAAGUAUCGCCCCAAGUAUAGGGGACGCAAGUCUAGGCAUGACCAAUAGUUUAAGUGCCAGUGGGAGUCAUAUUGAUAGAGCAGGAAUUUUGCGUGAUGAUAGUGAUAGGGACUCAGCUAGCCACAGGGUUCUUGUAGGGAACAGUAUUAAUGGCAGUCUCUGCAGUGCUUCAUACAGUACACAACACCACAAACUAGAAGUCCAGGCAGACAUUUCUGAACAUUCAGCUCACUGUGAAAGAUCAAGUGUAGGAGGGGAGUCGUACAGCAUGUCACUCAAUGAUGAUGCCAGCACAAGAGCGUUAGCUGGUUCAAUUAUAUCGCCAAAGGACAAAGAUGGAAUUUCUCUUUGUUCAAGACAUUUUGAUGGAACACCAGGGCCUCAUGUUUACCCCGAAGACUGUGAUAAAGAAGAAUGUAGGACACCAACCAGUGGAGGGCAGCAUCAGAGGGGUAGUUCCUCUUGUCCUACAUCACCACAUCUGCGUAAGGCCAGCCCUGCCCCAUCGGAAGAUACUCGCAGCACUCGUGGGAAAAAGUGUACAAGGUUCAUGGACCAGGUCUCAGAGAUAGAAACCAAAAGCGAUGGUUUAAGCAUUGGGUCUAUCAUGAGCACUGCUAGCAGUUCUCCCUGUUAUGAAAAUGUCUCUCCUACCCUUCCAGCUUAUUCAACCCUUUCUCUGACAGCAGCAUCUUCUGUCCCAGUCCAGGCAACUCUAGCCAGCUGUGAAAGUUUGAUGAGUGAAGGUAAAGCUGAAAUGGCUGGGGCCACAGAUCUUUGCGAGCAUAUGUCAUCCAUCAAAGGAGUCCGUGUAAAGGCAGAGUCCACCAGUGUGUUGAUGGAUGGGGCAGAUUCACGCUUUUGUGAAAUGGGAGGACUUCGGAGAAAGAGUGACUCAGCAUCGAAAGAUGAAUUUAGCCACGCUGAAAGGUCAUUUUCCUGCAGGAAGAGAAAGCCUGGUUCUGUGUGCGAGAAAGAGCAUAGGUCCCAGCCUGGAACAUUGUCUGACAUUUCGGAAGUGAGGGGCAUGCCAACUAUGUUGACAUCUGGUUGCCCUGACCUGUUAGCUGUGAUAGAUACCAAGUGUGAGAAUGUGUUUCUAAACAAGAAAGGACAGACAAAAUUCAGACACAUGUCAACGUCGUCAUCCUGUUCAUCUUCAUUUGAUGAUACCUCUGAUUAUCCAUCCCGUAAAUUUAUGUAUGGGGGAAGAAAUCUGUGUGCAACCUGUGAGUCAGAGGAUAACAGAAACAGAAUGUAUGUCUAUGGUGGGUCAGUGCUUGAAGUGUCUGAUAAAAAUUCAUCUCAUGUUGACUUGGAAGGGGAGGAGACAACAUCUUUGUCCUCCAUAUAUGUCCAUAACAAGCUUAUGUUAUCUGAUCCUGACUGGCUCCUCAGAACAGUUGGUAACUCCAGUUAUCCCACAGAAGAAGAACCUGAGCUUACCCAGUGUCACACCAGACUAACAAAACGAGACUCCUGUGUCUCUCAUACAAGCAUAGGCAGUGACACGGCUCUAGUUCCAUCCCCAUUACCUGAUGUUGAGAUACCAACCCAUAAAACUGCUGCUGUAGAAGAGCUUUCCCCAAGCCAUGUUUCCCCAGUCAAUUUACCAUUAAAUAAAUCUAUUUCCAUGCCCUUAACAUCAAGACUCAACUCUUCUGAUGACCAAGGUUAUUCUCAAAUAUUUCUUAAAAAAACUCAAAACCCAGAUUCAAAAGAAGCUUUUGACCAGGUGAAUUUACCAUUAGUUGUUUCGUCACCAGAGCUUAAGUUGAACACAAGCGCACUAUCAGCUAUGUCUUUGAAUGGGACCAAUGAGUUAAACUGCUCUGCUACCAUCGCAAUGAGCAGGCACAUCAAGAAACCUGAUACUCUGUCUGGUGUAAGGACACAUCAAAAAUAAGAAAUAUUUGCCUUCAAUGACUUAAAAUUAAUUCCAUGAGUUAUCUAUAUAUUUUGUUGUUGUUAUUGUUGUUAAUGGUUUUCCUUAUUUUAAAAAAAAAAAAAAAGGCCAAAAUUAAUUGACAUAUGGACAAAGUCGAGAGAUGUACAAAAUAUUCAUUCUGGCUUGGCCAUACUUAACAUUGAAUAACAUCUUUCACACUUUUUUGAUGUACAUCAUAAUAAAUAUUUGAAACUUAUUUCAGCAAUUGGCAAUGACUGUUGUAAAAAGAAAUAUAUAUAUAAUUUAUAAGUUAUUAUGGUAUUUGUAUGCUUAAAAAAAAAUUUACUUUCUUUAUUACUGUUCCUACACUGUGAUUUAUUUCAUUUUUUUUUUAAAUUUCCAGAUUUUUUAUUUGCUGAUUUAUCAAAGAGUAUUAUACAUUUGUGUUGUUAGUUGUAAUUCUUGUGUUGUAUUAUUUUGUUUUUCUUUGGAUCCAGUGGUUUAUUGCUGACAUAUUUUAUAUUGGCUUCUCACAUGUUUUUUUUUUCAUAUUUUAUUUAUUUAUAAUAUUUAGGGCCUGCUGUAUGUAAUUAUCUUCAUCUGUAUAGUUUUGUUGAUUUUCUGCCCCUUCCAAUUUACAUACUUGUUUUGUAAAGACACAAUGGGUCUAGUUUUACAACAUGUAAUAAGGAUCGUUCAAACGGGUGUUUCACAGAAAUGAUGCAGCAAAGAAGGAAUGUGGAAUGAAUAUACCUAGAAAUAUCUUUUGAAAAAAAAAACAAAAAAACACAAACUUCAAAUAAGAUGAUAUUAAUCUCUAGACCUGCUUUGCAAGGGGAGGAUACAACAUCUUUGUCCUUAAUAUGUGUCCAUAACAAGCUUAUGUUGCAUCAUGCAAUAUAAUUUGAGACUGGAUAAUCUAUACUUCUUCCAUUAAAACAGUCAAAUAAUUGUACACCUCUUCCAUUGAGAAACUUACUUUUGUUAAGACUCAUAAUAAGACCAAUUUUUUUUUUAAUUUUUUUUUUCUUGUUGGUUCUUGUUUAUGUUUUUAUCUUUUUUAAAGUUAGACACAUCAUCCUAAGGGAAUAGGUUUUGUAUUCCAUAAUACAUGCUGCUGUUUCAUAACUGUGUACUGUUCCAAGCAUUCUAAUUAGAAAUGAUUGACAAGUCUUUAACCAAGCAUACAUGAUUGUGAAUUCAAGAGCUUACAAGACCAACUUGAUAAGGCACAAAUAGACUUCACUCAUUGAAUAUUUCAAGAACUAUUUUGAUUUAAUGAAUGACAAGUACAGAAGUUAUGGAAAUUAUUUUGCAUCAAGUUUCUGUAUAUAAAACUGUGUAUGAAAUAACUUAUUUCAGUUUAAGCAUCAGUUACUAAACAUCUGUUCCAAACAUUCUAUUAUGAUUAUUAUAUUACUGAUUGGGGCCUUUGUUUUAUAAUGUAAGGUAAUUGUAUGUAGUUAUCCUAUCUAUAUAAUAUAUACAUAUAUAUAUAUAUUAUAAAGCAGCUUGCUUGUAUGUGUUGGAUAGUCUAAGCUUUCAUAUUAUCAAAAAUAGCCUGUUAUAGAGUACAAAUAUUUUGUGGCUAUCUAUAAAAUUGUUGGUUUUUUUUUUUUUUUGGAAAGGAGUAGUAGUGGUAUUUUCUUAAAGUAAUUUAUCAAUGGCUUUGUCUGUGUUGGCAAAAUCUCUAGGGCACAAUUGAGUCUUCAAGCCAUGUGAAAUACUGCAUUCUCCCUUAAUCUACUGAGUCAAAGACUAACCUUUAUUAUUUUUUAGUUGUAAUUAAUUUUUAAGAAUUUUUUUUUUCAGUUUAUAACUUGAAUGAUUUUAAGUUAAAAAAAAAAUCCUGUACCUGGUAGUAGAUUAUUUGAAGUACCCUUGACUUUGUAUUUUUUAUAAUUAUCUCCCAUUUGUGUCAUAAUUAAUGCCCCUUAUUUGAAACAUGACAGUUGGUCUGAGCUUGGCAACAUAUUACACAUGUUAUAUUUAAUAGUGUAAUAGACCUAUAUUUUUAUCUUUCCUUAUGACUUGACAAAAUUAUUCUUCAAAGCAAAAUAAAAUAAAACUUUCAA